AUCGUCCCAGAAUACACUGAGAGCCCAGAGUAUCAUGGCUGAAAAUGGGACAGGCAUAUUAAUAGAGCAACUCAAGUCCUCCAUUGCCUGGUCUUGGACAUACUUCUGACAACCUGGUUCUCUGUUAUGGUUAUUUUUGGUUUACAUUUUACGAGUGCCAUUCAGAUACAGCGACAACCUGACCACCGCGCCCGGCCCAGCCAUGUUUGGCACAGAGUCCUCAUUAAGCAUGUUUCUGAACACCCUAACCCCCAAGUUCUACGUGGCUUUGACGGGGACCUCCUCCUUGAUAUCUGGACUCAUACUGAUAUUUGAGUGGUGGUACUUCAGGAAGUACGGUACUUCCUUCAUCGAGCAGGUGUCAGUGAGCCACCUGCGCCCUCUGCUGGGCGGCGUGGACAACAGCUCCCCAACCAACUCCAACAGCAGUAACGGCGACGCAGACUCCAACCGACAGAGUGUGUCCGAAUGUAAAGUAUGGCGAAAUCCACUGAAUUUAUUUCGAGGGGCGGAGUAUAACCGGUAUACGUGGGUGACGGGCCGAGAGCCACUCACGUACUACGACAUGAAUCUCUCGGCACAAGACCACCAGACCUUCUUCACAUGUGACUCAGACCACCUCCGGCCAGCUGACGCCAUAAUGCAGAAAGCGUGGAGAGAGAGGAACCCACAGGCACGCAUCUCUGCUGCACACGAAGCCCUUGAACUAGAGGACUGUGCGACAGCGUACAUCCUGCUGGCAGAGGAGGAGGCUACCACCAUCGUGGAGGCAGAGAAGCUCUUCAAACAGGCUGUGAAGGCAGGAGAAGGUUGCUACAGACGCAGCCAACACCUUCAACACCACGGAGCGCAGUAUGAGGCACAGCACAGAAGGGACACCAAUGUUCUGGUAUACAUUAAGAGGAGACUGGCCAUGUGCUCUAGAAAGCUGGGACGGACCAGAGAAGCUGUCAAAAUGAUGAGAGACUUAAUGAAGGAGUUCCCUCUCCUCAGUAUGUUCAAUAUCCAUGAGAACCUGCUGGAGUCGCUGCUAGAGCUACAGAACUACGCAGACGUACAGGCCGUACUAGCCAAGUACGACGAUAUUAGUUUACCCAAAUCUGCAACAAUAUGCUACACAGCAGCUUUGCUCAAAGCCAGGGCGGUAUCGGACAAGUUUUCUCCAGAGGCAGCAUCGAGGCGAGGGUUGAGUACAGCAGAGAUGAAUGCUGUAGAAGCCAUACACAGAGCUGUGGAGUUCAACCCACACGUCCCCAAAUACCUGUUAGAAAUGAAAAGUUUAAUACUGCCCCCAGAGCACAUUCUGAAGCGAGGGGACAGUGAGGCCAUAGCCUACGCCUUCUUUCACCUGCAGCACUGGAAGAGGGUGGAGGGGGCCCUUAACCUGCUCCACUGUACCUGGGAGGGCACUUUUAGAAUGAUCCCCUACCCUCUGGAGAAAGGCCACCUCUUCUACCCAUACCCCAUCUGCACCGAGACCGCAGACAGAGAGCUGCUACCAACAGUGUUUCAUGAGGUGUCGGUGUACCCUAAGAAGGAACUGCCAUUCUUCAUCUUGUUCACGGCUGGUCUCUGCUCCUUCACCGCCAUGCUGGCCCUCCUCACACACCAGUUCCCCGAGCUCAUGGGAGUCUUCGCUAAAGCCUUUCUUAGCACCCUGUUUGCUCCUCUGAACUUCAUCAUGGAGAAAGUGGAGAGCAUCCUGCCAUCCAGUCUGUGGCAUCAGCUCACACGCAUCUGACAGUGACCAGCCCCGCCCGGACUUGACUGACACACUCUUUGUGCCAAUAUCAUGGAUUAGACGGACAGUGAGGAUGGAUUGGAAGAAAAGGGAAACAUGGAGUUCUGAAUUGCUUUUGACUUUAUUUGAUAUGUUUUCAUUUUGUCUUCAAAUCUCAUGUAAAACCGUUUUUUUGUUGUACAAAAAAAGGUGAUCAAUUGUCAUCAUUAAAAAAGUGGAAAAAUACAUAAAAUAAAAGGACUUUUUGUGUAUA